UGACACAGUUCAUUCGAGAAAUGACGUACCUCACAAGGGGCGCGCAUGACCUUUUGGACUGAAAUAUGUAACGCAGGACUUAGCGGAACAAAUAUCGCCUACCGAAAAGGAAAGUAAGUUUCUUCUAGCUGUUCAGGUGACUAUCUUUCAAACUGGGAGCAACUUGGAAAACGCUUACGGAAAACUGUCAAACUUCAUCGACGGAGAAUACCGGACUCCGGUACAGAGGCGGGCGCUCCAGUACAGUAGUUAACAGUAACGCACCAUAACGUUGGAUGCCAAACGUUGAUAAACCCCACAAAAGAGGCGGGUAGCAGAGACAAAGAGUGACAGUGUCCUUCAUCCCGCCUGACCGGGACUGUUUUCCCGCAGUGCUGUUAACAACGUGCCCUGUUUCUACAGUCCAGACCAGAUCAACACUUCUUGAACCCCUGUCCCAGUGAGAGGAACAGACCUAGUGAUGUCCCAACCUGACAGGAAUAUCUAUUCUUCAUUGGAGGGGGGCAUCCAGCCCCCAAAUGUAGGCUUUGGGCAGCCAAGCCCACCAGGAUAUGGGAUGACCUUACCCAACACGCAGGGAAUGUCGAACCCAUUUGGGGGGCCAGGGCCUGCUCCAGGGGGGAUGCCCUUCCCCACGCCUGGGGCAUUUGGUCAGCCCAUGUACUCCCAGGGUCAGGGGAACCCAGGAUAUGGGAUGACCUUACCCAACACGCAGGGAAUGUCGAACCCAUUUGGGGGGCCAGGAACUUCUCCAGGGGGGAUGCCCUUCCCCACGCCUGGGGCAUUUGGUCAGCCCAUGUACUCCCAGGGUCAGGGGAACCCAGGAUAUGGCACUGCACCUUACGCUCCCAUGCCUGGGGCCUACGGUCAGGGCUUUGACAACCCAAAUCAUGACCCAAACACUGGUUACCACAGCGAUGAUCAACCCCCAGCCUUUAGUGACAAUAGUUCCUUCUCUCUUGGCUCUGGACUGGACGACAAGACCAUAAGACGAGCCUUCAUCCGGAAAGUCUUCAUGGUGUUGACCGUCCAGCUGAUGGUAACAUUCUCCUUCGUGGCUGUCUUCACCUUUGUGGAGGAAAUCAAAGUGUUCGUCAGGGCCAACACGUGGACCUACUGGGUGUCCUAUGGCAUCUUCUUCGUCUCUCUCAUCACCAUCAGCUGCUGUGGAGAGUUUCGCCGCAAACAUCCAUGGAACCUGAUUGCACUCUCCAUCCUGACCCUGGCUAUGUCCUACAUGGUGGGGAUGAUAGCUAGUUUCUACGACACUGACUCAGUCAUCAUGGCCGUGGGCAUCACUGCUGUUGUCUGCUUCACCGUGGUUAUCUUCUCUCUCCAGACCAAGUAUGACUUCACUUCCUGUCACGGUGUGCUGUUGGUCUGUCUGAUUGUCCUGUUCCUCUUCGGCUUCCUCUGCAUCUUCAUCCGCAACAAGAUCCUGGAACUGGUCUAUGCCUCGCUGGGCGCUCUACUCUUCACAUGUUUCUUGGCUGUGGACACUCAGCUGCUGCUUGGCAACAAGGAGAAUGCCCUGAGUCCAGAGGACUAUGUUUUUGCUGCUCUCUCCCUGUACACUGACAUCAUCAACAUCUUCCUCUACAUCCUGUCUAUCGUUGGAAGAGCACGGAACUGAGAUAUUCCUCUAAAGGAACCAUUGAAGGAUGAAGGAGUCUUUUUACAGGAGUUACCAAUCUGUUCCCAUAUCUAGUACAACACCUGCUACACGUUGUUUUACGUGCCUAUGUCUCAGGUGAACACUGCUGUCGCCUGUCGUUCUAAACGUGGUUCCCUCUGUGCUUUUAGAGCAGUGGUUCCCAAACUGUGCCCCCCCCUAGCGAACUCAGUCCGGCGUUGAACUUACUCUUGAAAGUUGUAAUAGUAGAAUGCACAAGGUGACAUUUGUAAAUUGGGUGGUGCAUCAUCAGUUCCUCUUGUCAGUCAUUACGUACCAUGUUUGGGUAACCCUGAUCUAGCAGAUGCUCUUAUCCAGAGAAAUGUAUUUUUCUAUUGUCUUACUAUUUUUCUUUGCUAAUUUUCGUACUUUUUAACUCUGCAUUGUUGGGAAAAGACUCGUAAAUAAGUCUACACCUGUUAUAUUACUGUUACAAAACAUUUGAUUUGACUUAGUCCGUUCAUUCAACUUGGGUAACUAAACAACCACACAUCACAGUCAUAGCAAGUAACCCUGCUUGAUAGUACUCCCUCAUGUUCAUUGUGCUCAUUUUUACCACAAUCCAGACUGGUUUAAAUUGUGUAGUGUGAAUAAUGAAUCAUAUUUGAAUUCAAUUUGUUUUGUGAUAUUUCUGAUGUUUGUGAGUCUUUGCAGCUGUAUUUGUUGAUAUUUAUUCAAUUAAAACUGAAUUGUGAUCUCUUC